AUGGCCCGAGGCAUUGAGGAGCUCCUGAACAAGAACCAGAGUGCCGCCGGCCUUAAGCAAGGUCAACCCGAGACGGUGAAGCCGGGGAUGCAGGAUUUGCCAAAGCUCGACGAGUACUCCCCGGAGACCGCUGCUAUCGAUCUCAUCAAUUGGAUGACACACAUCAGCCCCAUCCUGGAGGACAUUUCAGACACAUCCGGGGCGUGGUGGGGUGAGACGUUGAGACAAGCGUCGCAGUGGUGUCAGGCAUUUGCAGCGGCUUCUCCCUUGCAACGAUUGCAAAUGAAGCCUAGGGCUGUAGGGCUACUUCUGAAGCCAGAGUGGUCCAGAGUGGAAAGGAGGGCGGCAGCGAUGCUCUUGUCGGCAGUUCCUGAGGCGCAACGACGAGACAUCAUCACCCAUGGAGACGUCACGGCCUUGGGGGUGAUGUGCAGAAUCCUCACUGUGUACCAGCCGGGCUACAAGCAAGAGAAGACGUUGAUCUUGCAGAACUUGGAAGCGCCGCCGGAAUGCCAGUCGUCUAUGCAAGCUGUAGAGGGCCUCAGGAAGUGGUUGUUGUGGUUGAAGAGGGCGAGAAGCAUUGGGAUAGUCGAACCCGACGCCUCGAUCUUGAUGAGGGGAUUGGAUAGGCUGUCGCAGGAUGUGAUUCGAGCAGAUAAUGAGCUGGCCUUCCGGGUCUCCUUGAUGAGGGCUUCUUUGCAGGUGGACAACAACCCUCAGCCCCACACUGUGCUGCAGUACCACCAACACUUUUUGGCCGAGUUGGAGACCCAUGUGAGGACAAUGGCUGGCGAUGCGACGACUUCGUCUGCUUCACCUCCGAGAGUCAAGGGUGUCAGUGCACCGUCGACACCAACAAACAAUGAGUCUCCUAAGAAUCAAGGCCCUCCUGCGACUACACCGCCCGACGUCUGCAAGUUCUACCUCAAAGACAAGGGAUGCGCCAGGGGAAACAAGUGCAGGUACAAGCACACUAUGGCGGGAUUGUCCAAGGAGGCCAAGAAGUCGAAGUGUCUGGCGUGCGGGUCGACGAGUCAUCGUGUCAAAGACUGUGGUGUGCCUGGAGUCAAGCGAAAGGACAAGGAUACCGCAGAGGGAGUUGGCAACCCAUCAAGUUCCUCCUCAAGUACUACCCCGGUGACGCUUCCGAAUGAGGGUGCAUCAGGACAAGACAAGGCUGCAGCACGACCACUUCGAGCUAUCACCUUUGAGCCCACGGAGACAGCGGAGGUGAAAACCCUGAUGGAGAGAGCCUUGGACGAGAUCAAGAAGAUGCGUGUGCUGAGGAUGACUUGUGACACGAUCGGACAGGCAGUUCGUGGAGCUCUCUUGGAUUCAGGGGCCACUCAUGCUUUACGAGGGGCGACAGCGGAACGGUGGAUGUCGUGCUUGCUGGUGAAGGUCAUGCGGGAACUCUUCUGGUGGAUGAUAAGACUCCUGGGCUUCAUUCCUCUGGGCCGACUGAUAAGAUCCCUGGGAUACUCUCUGUCGUGGGAUGCAGAUGGGUGCUGGUUGGUGUGUCCGGAUGGAACGAAAGAGGAUUUGUGCCUUCGCAAUGGGUGUCCCGAAAUUGGUGAUGAAAGAGAUCUGCGAUUGAUUGAAGAGCUCGAGAACCAAGCCUCGGCGAAGAAUCUCCAGGAGCAUAAGGUAAGCUGGUGGAUGGCUAUGCUGAGGUAUGUCGAGACCCGAGAGGUGAUGUGUGCUCAGGAAGCGUGGAGGAAGGCAGCGUUCCUCAAGGCGAUCUCCGAGGAGGAGAUGAUGAGCUACCACGACCUGGAGGACAUCAGCCCGUGGGAAAGAUUGAAGAGUCUUCCGGUGAAUAGACGGCGGAGGAAAAGGUUGAGUCGCUCUUCUACGUGGAUACUACGAUGGAAUCGCACGGAGCGACUUCGGGGUCCAAUAUGGUCGUUGGAUGGAAAACAUGACGCUGUGGUUCUGGACUUGGAGAGAUUGAGGGGUCAGACUGGUGAUGUGGAAAUUUGGAAGAUACUGCUGUGGGCUGCACUCCAGGGAAAGAUUGCGGCGAUGGUGGUUCAAGAUGUUGCGUUGUCUGAAAUGCAACACCAAACGGAUGAGGGAUUCCGAGCAAAGAUCCACUACCUGAAUGUGAUCUCCACAAUGGCAAGAUUCAGAGGUCAAGUUAGCGGUGGUCGUAUUGAAACGGCUUUGGUCCUGGAAAAGUGUCCGUCUUCAAAGGUGGGAGCCACUUGGGCGGAGGAUGGGGCCUACAAGGUGUUCGCUGAGGAGGUGGGCAUUGAGGGUGGAUCCUUGAGCACCCAGGACACGGCGCGCUUCGUGAACGAGUGGUGUGGACUUCAAAGCCCAACGAGGAGAAGGGUGGCGAGGUUGAAAACGGAAGCGGCUUGGAGGAAUCACGUCUUGAACAACCACCAGCCGUUUGAAAGGAAUUGUGCUGUGUGCGUCAGAAAUGCAGCGGGCGGUGCUUACCGGUUUCCGAAGCUUGCUGGCGUGACCGAGGAGGCCGGAUACCCGAUCCCGAAAGAAGAGGAUGAUGAGUUCUCUGAAGGGGAGGAGGAACCGGGAGAUACCGAUGGUUUUGGGGCAGGUGCUAUGUCGGGUCCUGAUGAAGUGCCUGAAGAAGAUAUGCCCUCCGAGGAGGAGGAGAAGAAGGCCUGGGACGCACUGAUGGAAUCGUUCAAGAAGCCAGUGAAGUUGGAGACGGCCUACUUCGCUGUACCGAUGAGGAAUAAGAAGGCUGCCAGCGUUUUACCAGCACUACAGCGGAUCUAUGUGGACAUUAAAGCGCUGGGUUUUCCUCUCCAUCGGGUGCAUGGCGAUAGGGCUGGUGAGCUGAGAAGCAAGAUGAUUAGAAACUGGAUUCUUGGAAAGGGAAUGAUUCCCACAACGACGGAAGGAGAUGAUCCAGCCUCGAAUGGUGUUGCGGAAGCCGGCGUGAAGUACCUCAAGAAGAGAAUCCGCACGCUGUUAGAUGCAGGAGCGCUUCACAAAGGGGUCUGGCCUAUGGCUCUCCAUGCUGCAGCGGUCAUGCAACGGCACGAUCGUAUGGGACUUCCAAACCCCAUGUUGGCACCGUUCGGAUCACCAUGCUACAUCAAGACCAAGCGCUACAAGACAGGUGCUGUUGAAGAGAUGUUCGAGGAGGUGAAGAACUUAGCGGACCACCAGAAGGAGGACUUAGCCCAGCAUCUGUUGAACAUGGAGGACUUCACGAAGGAGGGCUGCUUGGAGCUGCUGGACAAGCUUGUGGUGGCUGCUAAGGACACUGUCGUGAAGUACUUGAAUGAAUACCUCAAGAGGGCCACCAAUCAUCUACCUGAAGGAACAGUCAGUUGGGCUACGCUGGGUGUGUUUACCGGAAAUGCCAUUCCUCCACACACUGAUGUUCACAACGAGAGGGGAUCAUGGAACUAUGUGGUGGAGGUCUCUGAUGGAUCGCGACGAGGGCUAUGGGUAUCUGGAGAUGAUCGUUCGAACCCAACACGAGGUGAAGCUGAACCCGGCGAAGCAUCUCAAGCAUUACCAGAUGGAAGCCAAUGCCCCGGACGGUUCUACAACAUCACGGAGAAGGCCGCAGGGUUUAACCCGAAGAAGUUCCAUGGCUUCGUUCCCAACUCACCGAACGAGUGGCUGCUGGUUGGAUACACCCCCUCUGGAGUGGAUCGACUGCAGGAGGAGGAUUUGGACACACUUCGUAAACUAGGUUUUCCCCUUCGAGACGUUGCUCUACCUGAUGAGGAGGAGGAGGGAGAUGAUCCAGAUGGUGAUGAUGAAUCUGACGAGGAGGAGGAGAAGUUUCCGGAUGAUCCUGACCCAGAUCAAUACAACAAAGUAUCCGAUGAUGAGUUCACGGACAGGGAUGACGAAGAGCCGGAAGGAAACACGGAGCCGAUGGACGCAGAGUUUGUCGGGGAGUGGAGGAGAUGUUUGAAUCUCUCGCUGGCACAGGAUUCUGAGGAAGUUGUGGUGGGUGAGCUGGAUAAGUUGCAGUCUCUCCUUGCUGAAUGGGAACCUCUACAACCGCGCAUCAAGAAAGCAGAGCCGGAGUACACGAAGAAUAUCGAGGGACUUCUUGAUGGCCUGAAGGCAGCCGUGGACGUGGUGCGCAAAGUCAGCCCGGAAGAAGCCCGAGCGAAUCUGGGGGUUUGGAAAGAGCCUAUAGCGGAGGAGUUCGAGGUUGUUGAAAAGGGCUUUGAAGGGACAACAUGGGCCGAGAUCAAGAAGAAGUUCGAUAUCGAUGAUAUCCUUCAGGUGCCAGCCAAGAUCGUGUACACGAUCAAGCCACCAAAGCCGGGGAGUCACAAACUUUACCGGCGCAAAGCAAGGAUUGUGGCUUGCGGGAACAUGAUCGAUGAGCAGCUCGCUGAAUGUUUCGCAUCAAGCGCGGCGGGAGAGACGCUCCGCUGCCUUCUAGUGGAGGUGGGAAGAAGAUCCUGGCUGGUGGGAGCAGUAGAUGUCACUGGUGCAUUCAUGUUAACGCCAAUGCCCACUGAGCCUGGUGAAAAGACGGUGGUCGUGAGCCCUCCUGGUGUCUUGAUACUCCUGGGCAUUGUUCCGAAAAAUGGCGACUUACCAGGGCCUGUCGCAGAAAAGACGAUAUCCUCGGUGCAGUCCUGGUCUAUGUCGAUGACAUGCUACUGUGUGGAGAGGGCUGUGGUGUUGGCGUUGGGGGAGAUGAUCGCUAAGGAGUGGAAGGUCUCGGAGUUGGAGCUUUGUGAGUUGGGCCGAGCCGUAAAGUUCCUGGGGUGUGAAAUACAUCUGUGCGAGGGUGGAUACUAUGCCGUCAGCCAGGAGGCCUACAUCACGGAGCUGAUUCGUUCCUAUCAGCUGCCCCCUACGCAUUUGGGAGUGGUGCCCUGUCCUCGUGAAUGGCUGGGAAUGGAAGAUGAUGAUGGGGAUCCCAAUGGACCUUCCUACACCACAGAGGAAUUCAGGGGUGGCCAGAAGAUAACGGGCGAAUUACUUUGGCUAACGCAACGCACCCGACCUGACUUGGCUUUCCAUCUGUCGGUGAUGUCCAGCCAAGUUCUGAAGAACCCUGCCAAAGUGACCCAGAUUGGAAUGCGUAUUCUGAGUUUUCUGCAGCGGACCAAGGAUUACAAGUUGCAUCUGAAUCCGGUGGGUACCGUCCUCCAAGCCUUCAGUGAUCCGUCGUUUGCCCCGACCGGACAGAGGUCGCGCGCCGGGACCACUAUAUGCCUUUACUCAUGCCCGGUGGCAUGGCGAAGCGGAAGGCAGAGUUUCAUUACCCUGGACGUCCAAAGGACAAGGUAG